AUGUACUUGAGCGAAAAAAUAGAACUAGAUAGUGUUGCGGACUACGCAGCAGGAAUAAACAGCGACUGGAGUGUAAGCGGAGAUGGAAUAAAAGGUCUUCUUCUGGGAAUGGCCUCUGCACCGUUAUUACUAGUUUCUGUGUACUUUUUUAAAGCCAGCCCAAGGUUUUUUUCAAAAGAGCAUGGAAUAUCCCUAAUGGCGUAUACCGCCUGCUUUUUUUUAGUGACAACUGGAAUUCUGCUAUACGAAUUUCCUUUCGUGAUAACAUCUUUUCAAAUACUUCCCAUACUUAACCAAAUAUUUGUUAGCUCCUUCUCAUUCAAUGUAGAAUCUGUAUUUGCAAUUCUACUCACAUCCCUUAGUAUUUACUUUUCACUAGUGGGAUAUAAUGAAAUAGAAAGAACCUCUUCUUUCAGCUGGAUAGCGAUGCUGCUUUUUUUAAUAGUUCUUAGUCUUUCUAUUAUGAGAGUUACAUCACACAGCGAUUAUAUUAGAAGGAGAUUUGAAAUUGAGAAAUAUUCUGACUUGUUAUGCAUGCUUGUUCUUUCUCUUGAGGGCGCCAUUGGAUUUGUUUCUCUGUGUACUUUUGCAUACCUUUUCAAUCUAUUUUUACCAAUAGUUGCAUUGCUUUCAAGCAUGUCAUUCCUUCUGGCAAUGGAAAAAGCUCUUUACUACUACCCAGCAACAGCGGUUAUACCUAUAUUCACUAUUCUUCUAAGAAUAGUUGGUGCAGUGUAUUCGCUUCAAAUUUAUAAUAAUGCAUAUAAUUCCACAAUUGGCCUAUCCCUUAUUCUUGGGUCAAUUUCUUCUCUUUUUCCUUUAAUAUUGGCGUAA